GCGCCCUCUCGUGUUUGAAAUCAACACUUGUACUUAAUUAAUUCAUUUGACGUCGCAACGUCAACGCACCAACAUGGCAUCGACUUGCACGGAAGAAGAGGAAAUUGACCCCAGAAUUAAGUUGGAGUUGGAGAGGUUAAACACUGCCACAGAUGAAAUCAACUCCAUGGAAUUGCAGCUGGACGAGGCCAGGGCUUCGUUCAGACAGUCCCUGACCGAGUCCACCCACAGCCUGAACGCCAUCUCCAAGAAACUGGGCAGCUGCAUAGAGAAGGCCAGGCCCUACUAUGAAGCCAGGCAGAAGGCUAAAGAGUGCCAGCAAGAGACUCAGAAGGCAGCCGUUCGGUUUGAGAGAGCUAACAGCAUGCUGGCAGCUGCCAAGGAGAUGGUGGACCUAGCCGAGCAAGGACUCAUACAGGAAGGGAGGAAGUUUGACGCUAACUGGCAGGAGAUGCUGAACCAUGCUACUAUGAAGGUUGGAGAAGCGGAGCACGAGAAGAGACUGAGCGAGAAGGAGCACAUGAACACGGCCAGCGAGUUUCACAGAGUGGAGCAACACCUCAAACAUCUCCAGAAAUCAUUGCGGCGGACCAUCAACAAGUCAAGGCCCUACUUCGAGAUGAAGAACAAGCUUAACCAACAGUUAGAGGAUAAGAAGAAGAGAGUCGAAGAGCUCCAGGAGAGAGUGACACGAUCCAAGGAGGCCUACUCCAACGCCCUGCACAACCUGGAGCAAAUCAGCGACGAGAUCCACGAACAACGGCGCUACCAGGCUGCGAAGCUCGGCGAGCGUGGAACGGGCGUGGGGGCCGAGUCUACCCCGAUGCAUCCUUCGGAGACCCCGGAAAGCCCUACCAAGUACCGCCACAGCUACCCCUUCGACCUGAUCCCCUUGGCCCAGUGCCAAGAGACGCCGAGCUCCCCUAAGGGCUUCCUGCCGGAGUUGCUGUGCCGCGACGACACGUACGUGCGCGCGCCGAAACUGCGCAUGCUGCGCCGGCCGCUGAGUUUGCAAGAAUCGGAUCUGUCGCCGCCGGACCCGCACUCCAUACUCCGUGCCUUCGAGUCUGUCGACAAGCUCGACGAGAUGUCGGACACGGCUAGUUGCUACUCCUGCGAUAACCUUGACGACGAUAUUUCAGACCGCGACAGCGCACUGGGAACACCAGGGCACUCGCGCCAGUCGAGCUUCAACGGGAAGGAGAUGUUGGAAGCAUCGAUCGCUGCUGAAGCAAUUCAAGAACAAGAGAGUACCCCGACUGUCAGCUUAGAACAUCCACUACAGGUGGAAAGCAUCAGCGAUGAGCCAUCAGAGAGGUCACAGGUCAUCCAAGGGUCACAGGUCACCCAAGGGUCACAGCUCAUCCCAGGGUCACAGGUCAAUCCAGGGUCACAGGUCGCCCCACGGUCACCCUUCACCAAAAGGUCGCCAAUCAUCACACUGCAGGAUGUCCCGGCCGUCAGUGUGGAACAGUCCCCAGAGGAAAGCAACCGUGUCACUGCUGCCGACAGGUCAGAGGUCACCCAAAGGUCAGAGCAGUGUUCAGAGGUCAACUGCCAGACUGCAAAUGGAGAGAUAGACGAAGAAAAUGGGUCCUUGGUCUGAAGGUUUUUUCAAGCUUUUAAUGAAAAAAA